GUUUAUUACUCUUUAUUUUAGGUGACCUUUUCUGACCUGAGAUAUGAAAGCUGUGGAGAAAUUUGCAUUCACCUGUUGUUUAUUUCAAGCUGUUUUGUGCAGAGAAUUCUACAUCAAUCUACCAGAAAGUAUAGAAGCUGUGAGAGGUCUCUGUGUUCGUAUACCAUGCAGUUUUGAUUUUAAAGAACAAUAUGAUGAAGAACUGCAAAACAAUCCUAGAGGAGUCUGGUAUAAAGGUGACAGUUUGGCAAAACACAAAGUCUUUUCUUCCAAAACUACCGAAGACAACAAGAUUGAUGGCAAAAUAAUAGGAGACCUCCACAGGAAGAACUGCACCACCAUCUUCUACAACAUCAGUGAGAGUGACAGUGGAGAAUAUUACUUUAGAAUAGUGUCUGGAAAUCUGAAAUAUAUUUAUCCUUCUUCUCUUUAUUUAAAUGUCAGAGCUUCUCCAAUCAGUCCCUCAAUAACACUGUAUAAGGAGGAUCAGAGGGAGGUGGAGGACCAAAAUGAGGUGGUAGAGGGAACUUCAGUGAGUCUCAUUUGCUUUGCUCGAUCUCCGUGUCCCUUCAACCCCCCUAUUUUUACAUGGAACUUAAUGCCUGAGGAGAGAAGACAGGAGCAGAACCACAACACCAGAUUCAGCUCCUCUCAGCUGAACUUCAACGCUACUCACCUUCAUCAUGGACUCACGUUCACCUGCACUGCCACCUACCAGUUCCAGAACUACACCAAAUCAGCACAGAGCUCUUUUAUACUACAUGUUCUGUGUAAAUGGUGA